AUGUGCCAGAUCACCAUCAUUGUCUUGAUCCCAAUGUGUGCCGUUAUCGUAUUCCUCGGUCUCGGCCUCUUCAUCUCGGGGAUUGUCGCGGCUGUUAUCAAACCCCCUGGUGACUGUAAGAAAGCUUCAUCGACCUACAACUCCGGGUAUACGGUUGGAUACAACUCAGGAUACAAGAAUGGAUAUAGCCAUGAGUUCAACUCUGGAUUCAACUCUGGAUUCAACUCUGGAUACAACUCAGGAUACAACUCAGGAUACAACGCAGGGUUCUCGAGCACGGGAUACAACGUUGGAUAUUACAUGGGACAAUAUCAACCAGGAUAUCAACAAGGUUACUCCAAUCAAGUCCAACUUGGAUAUUCCACCGGAUGUUCGGGAUACCUAGCCUAUGAAUAUAACUUAGGAUAUCAGGGUGGCUACCCGUCAGGAUACAAUGCUGGAUACAGCUCGGGCUCUUCAGGUUUCAAUAUGGGAUACAACAUUGGAUACAACAAUGGAUACAACUCAGGCUAUCAGACAGGACAGACUGCUGUGCAACAAAACAUUGGAUACAACUCUGGUUACUAUUCAGGGGCAUUCAAUAGCUUACAAACUCUCUCAGAGAAUAGCCAAGCGUACCAAAAGCAAUACAUUGUUGACUACAAUGCAGGAUACAACUCGGGAUAUCCCAGUGGAACCGUUAACCAAGCAGGGAGAUAUUUUAACCCGUAUAGUUUUUGCGUUGAGGACUCGAGUCUGGCCAUGGGCGCUAUCCAAGCUUCGGCUUUGUUGGCAUGCAUUCCUGCAUUCUUUGCUGUGCUUUCGGGAGGUUUGGGUAUCUGCGCUGGCAGGUUCAGAAACAAAGUUGUAGGAGGCUUGCAUCUUGCUUGCCUUAUUUUGGCUCUUAUCGGCUCAACGUUGGGGGCGAUAUUGCUUCCUUUCAUUGCAUUGUUCGGGGUUGCGGGAUCCUGUGGUACUUCUCUUCUGGAUAAUUCCUUCUGUAAUACCUUCAUAUCAAUUUCUAUCACGAUCAUCUCUUUCAAUGCAGUUGUUGCGCUCUACGGAUUUUCACUUUCGAUUAUCACUUGCAUUCUCUGCUGUCAACCUGAGGAGUGGAUCCAAAGCGGCACAACACUGGUGAUUCAGGGAGGUCAAUCAGGCUUGCCUAUUGCGCAGCCAGGAGCAGGCCGGUCUCAAGGAAACCGGCAAGGAGUAGACGCGGCAGCUGCUGGCGACCUAGCCUUCUCCUCUCAAGCGUGUGGAGUAUCAGGACCACAGGCACCUCGUAUUACGACUUGA